AUGACACCCACAAGAAUUAAUCAAAACAAAAAAAUCGAUGAGGAACAAAUAGCAUUUUGGAAAGGCAAUCAUGAACAAGCUAACAACCAAACAAAAGAGAAGUUAGAAGUAUUUUCGACUCCUCAUAAACCAAUCCUUACUCCUCAGAAGUUUAGUGUGAUAUCAUCUAAAGUGUCAACACCUUUUAAACUUGUUGAAUAUGUGUUUGGAAUUGUUACAACAAAUUGGAUUGAAAAAGAGAUAAUAUCAACAAAGGCAUCAGAGUUCGUAGAUGAUCCGAUUUGUAAUCCAAUAUCCAAGAAGGCUGAUGCACUAGCCACAGAUCUUAUAUAUAAUAUAGACAUAAUGAAUAUGAAG